AGUGCUCACUAUGCACCCCCCAAAAAAGCGCAAAAUAAAAAAUCAUUAGGAAAAAUAAAGAUUUUUCCUCCCUUCCUUCCUUCUCUCUCUUUUCUCUCUUUUAAAUAAACUUUGAUAUGUUGCCUCAGUUUGGUUUUAUUGUUGCACAGGCUGGUGCAGAUUCACAACCUCCUAGUAAUAACAAUCCUUAUUACGCGAGGCCACCUUAUAUGUAUCAUCUGCCUUCCCAGCAACAAACUGCUUAUGAAGAUCAAUUUUAUAGACCACUUCAACCUUUGCCUCCUCCAAUCUUACAUCAUAGUACUUGGCAUCGGCCUCCUUCCUAUAGACCGUGGCAACCUUUGCCUCCACCCCCUCCUCCCUCCGCAGUGCCUAUUCAACCCCCUCCACAACCAUCCUCUUCGUUUCAACCACCCAUACAGGAUGAUCAUAAGCCAAUUAUAAGCGAUCAUUCGAAUUAUGAAACCUAUUGGCAAGAACCUAUCGAAAUAAGCGAAAGCAAGAUGUUGCGUCGGAUACGAGAGUUUAAUGAUUUGAUGCUUUGGAUGGAUAACGAAUUUUGGGAACAAUGUGACGAACUUUAUAGAGAAAGGCUUCAAUCUCUUCAAGAAGAAAUCAAGACAAUUCAACAAGGAACACAUUCGGCAUUUAAAGAAAGUUUGGCGGAUAUUGAAUUAAGAAGGGAACAGACAAUUGAAUAUGCAGAAUACUUUAAAAAUUAUGAAUUAUCACUAGCAAAACAUCAAUAUGAGAUCGAGAUGAAUAUACUUCAAGAUGAAUAUGAGAGUGAAAAACACAGUCUUCAUGAUAUGGUAUUACAAGCGAUCGAUGAACGAAGAAAAAUGAUUAAAGAAGAUAAAGAGGAUGUUGAUAUUGAUGACCUAUUUCAUGAUGCAUAUAAAAGAGUGAGUCAAAAUAAACGAAAUUUACGAAAGAGAAACUUGGAAAGAUAUGCAUCACCGUCAAGAUUAGAGCGAAGACGGCCCAGUAAGUGAUGCAAGUAAAUACCAACAUUAUUAUUAAUAUAAAUAGAUCGGAUACAAACGCUAUACAAUAUACAUGCACCACCUAAUGCAUCUGAAGAAGAUGAGUUGGAAGCAGACUUUUUGAAUAUGAAGGUAAGCAAAUGGAGUAUGCUUACAGCAACUUAUGGCUUUUAUAUCAACUUAGGGUGAACAGUCUACCAUCAGUAAAAAGCAAAACACAAACACGACAAAUUUAAGGCGAUGAAUAAAUAAUAAACAAAUUCAUGCAUUCUGAG